GUAGAAUCGAUCAGAAUCUGAGAGGUUAACUAAUGUCGAGUCGUUUGCUGCAACAUAACCUUUAGCCUAAUCUCGGUGUCACUAUCUCUGAAUUAAUAGGCUACUUUUUUCACGGACAGGAGAUUGGUAGGGUAGUCCAAGCUUCAUUGUUGAAGUAGCCUAUCUUUAAAUUGAGUUGUUGCAUAAUUACCGGCAAAAAUGUCUGGAGAGGAUCACAACCAAGAAUGAAACAUUCAAGGGAUCACCGGGUGCGUUUCCCGUGGUAUUGAAGAAAAUCAUGUUAAUGCCCCAACCGAAUUUACUCGAGAGCGACGAUGACAAUGACAAGGAUAAGCUUUUUACGGGGGACAUUGUGGACCUUGGAGGAGGGAGCGGGCUGGGUCCGUCGGCCGCCCUGACCCCCGCCAUCUGGGAUAAGACUAUCCCGUACAACGGGGAGACCUUCCACCUGGAGUACAUGGACCUGGAGGAGUUCCUCAUCGAGAACGGCAUCCCCACCUUGUCCCUGGACAAUGCUCUCAACAUGAAAAUUGCAGGGAGGAAGACAGAGAAGCCAACCAGCACCACGACAGCCCCCGCUGCCCCAAUCUCCCUGCUGCCGGUCCUGGAACUAGACCAGUGUGAGGAGGAGGUGGUCACCGUCACCCUCAACAGUGCUGAUAUCACAGCCAACACCGAGGUGGUGACAGACAAGGACAGGCUGACCCCUGAAACCAUCGACCCGGAGGAGAUUGAGGUGAACGUGAACUUUGAUCCGGACCCUACGGACCUGGUCCUGUCCAGCGUUCCUGGAGGAGAGCUGUUCAACCCACGCAAACACAAGUUCUCAGAUGAGGAACUCAAACCACAGCCCAUGAUCAAGAAGGCCAAGAAGGUGUAUGUACCUGAGGAUUCUAAGGAUGAGAAGUACUGGCAGAGGAGGAAGAAGAACAACGUGGCGGCAAAGCGUUCCCGGGACGCGCGCCGACUCAAGGAGAACCAGAUCACGGUGCGGGCGGCGUUCCUGGAGCGUGAGAACACGGCGCUACGACAGGAAGUGGGCGAGCUACGGAAUGACUUUGCCCGCAACAAGAAUGUUGUGGCCCGCUACGUGGCCAAAUUCGGAGAGCUUGCAUUGCUGGAAGACCAGUAGACUAUUAUUGAUUUAUUUGUGGCGUGGGUGAAGUAAUUGAAUCAAAUACAAUGGAUAGAUGGAUCAGAAGUGGAAGAGAGUGAAUGAUGUUGCCGUGUAGAUACUGUGGAAUUGUAUUAGUGACCGCUGCUUAUUGUUUUUAUUUGACUUUUUAUUUUUUAAUAAUUAGGGGGUAGAUCAGCUUUAAUAUUGCAAAUAGAUUGUAGCUUCCAUCAAUGUAAUUGUAUGCAUCAUUUCUAAUCCCCCCCAUAUAUUUGUUUUGUAAAUAUAUAUUUUCCCCUAACCCUACCACCCUUCCCCCUAAUUUGAGUAAACUAAUGGACAACAACACUUUGGCUUUUUAAGGACACAGUGUAUUUUACAAUAGUUGUUUUUAGUCCCAUCCUUCAGCUCCCCUCAACCCAUCUCUGAAGACCAUCCAGUUUUAAUUUGAUUUUACCAUAUUUUUAACUGUGCUGUUUCACAAACGUUCUGAACCUAUAUACAUUUUACGGACACAGUAUAUUUUACAUUAGUUAUCUUGUUUUUAGUCCCACCCUUCAGCUCCACUCGACUACUUUCAUCUAUCUCUGAACACCAUCCAGUUUCGAUUUCUGUUUGCCAUAUAUUCUUCUGUGCUGUGAUGUUUCUGAACCUUUCUAUUCUCAUAGUUUCUACAGAUUGUAAAUUAAAGAUACUUUUUUUUUUGCUCAAAUUAUUAUCUUAUUGAUGGAUUGAUUGACUUUUCAAAUCACCCAGCAGUGCUAUUUGCAGAGUUAGAUCCAGGUAAAUGUUGCUAUUCUUCAGCCAUUUAUUUAACUUGGUUUUAACUUGUGGGAGUGCUUCUUUCAAUACACUACAAUGAGAAUGUGUAUUCUGAUCAUGUUUUGUACAACAUUUUCUGGUAAAGAGAUUGGGAUUGGGGGGAUAAGGGUGGAUGACAUUUUAGUAAACUGAAAAGGGCUUUUAUUUUGGGGGGGUUUUAGUCUAAACUAGCAUGGAUUGUCCAUAAGCAGUUCUGGUUUUCAUAACUUUGCUUCCACGUCUCCCGUUAAAGUCAAAGGUUAAUUAAAAUACAAAAAUAUAAUACAAUAACUAAAAUGAAUCCGGGGACUAAUACGGCUUGGUAGUGGUUUUAAGACCAUGUUAGUAAGACCUUCAAUGCAAGUCUUUUCCUGUACAUAUUAACACUUGCUUCAAACUGUACAUAAUGCUUGGUAAUAUUUCAGUCUCUCUGUCUUGUAUAUUGUCCCAUGGUCUUGGAUCAUUGUUAUUUCCAGGAAACUUCUUUCUUCAGCUUCUGUGUUUUGUGUUAUAAAGAAAUGCUUAAAGUUAGCUUUAUUUUCUGGACACUUUUUCCUUAUAUUCAAAUAACUCCAUACAAAAACCUGUUGACUUAUCUAUGACAUUACUGUGCAAUUUACAAAUUUUCUGCAAUUGUGUUCUCAACCAAAUGUAAAACUCCAACCUUUCUCCUGUUUACUACUAUGGAAAGUGGUUUAUCCAACUUCUCUGGGACCUUGAUCAUAUAUGGACAGUUGCCACACAAUGUAAAAAGGUGAUCGAUUCUGUGCUGUCUACAAUGAGUACAAUACAUUGUAGUUACCUCAUGAAACUGGAAAACAGACAUCAGAACUUAUGGGGAAGUUUGUAUGUUGCAGUUUUUUAAUUCCUUUUGAUAAAUGUUGCUGUUUUUAAAUUCCUUUUGUCAAAAUCAGGAUUUUUUUUUUUUAACUCAAUGUGGCUUGAUCUGGGCCUGUUUCAACAAGGACCUUCAAGUGUCUUCAGCUGACUCAGUGCAAGUGCCCAGUCAGGGCAAUACCAUAUCAUACACUGAAAUUCAAGCCUCCUUUCAGGGUUUCUGUCUCCUUAGUUUUUCCCCCUUUGGUCCAUCAUGUUUCCUUGUUAUCAAGCCUGAUUGUCACUUUCCUAAUUCCUGCUGAUGUAACUGGAGGAAAAUAAGUGAUGGCAGUGUUUUCAGCUCGUUUUGGAAUUUAUCUGAAGAAUUACCUUGAAGGUAGUCUGGAUGUGUUUUACUUUAUUUUUUAUUGACAUUUUAAAAUUGGUUUUGUGCGUUGUGGUGAGAACCUUGUUCAAAUUGACAGCUUCAUUUAUUGGUUGUUUGCAAAAUCUGGAGACAAGACCUUUGUGUGGCAGUGAUUGUAAUUAUUCCAGUCCUUUGACUAUAACUCAAUAGAUCAAACAUGUUGGGAAGUAGAUGAUUGAGAACAGACAAAUCAAGAAUUUGAUUCAGAUAAGCUAUGUACAUCUUGAUUAAACCAACCAGUGAACGAUGUCAGGAACGUAAACCGACUGGAUUGGGUUCCCCCUAAACACUAGCACAAUUACUUUCUUACGCUACAACCAAGAAAAUGUUCACAUCUGUUAUUCAACUGGUGCAGGGGAAAUUCUUAACUGUUUGAGAAUUGUCUAGAUUUAGUUUCUACAUAUUGUUGCAUGUGGCUACUGUAUGUCCUGUAUAUAUAAAUAAAGCGUUGUUGAAAACAGUGAA